CGCCAUAAAAUUCAGAAGUGUAUAAUAACAAGUAAUGUUAUGAUUGAAAUAACGUAGAAUUUAGGAAGAAGUUUGAGCAUCAUAUAUACUUUAUUUUAAUAUUAUUUGUUGAAGCAUAUUGUCAACACAAUUUGUAAAAGCUUUAUAUUGCAAUAUAACUAUAUAUAUAUAUCAUCGAGAAGACAAGAUAUUUCAACAUCAAGCAACAUAAAUGUCUGGAGAUUCGCAGACCAAUCUUCCAUGGGUUGAGAAGUACAGACCAAAAGAACUUGAAGAACUUAUUGCACAUGAAGACAUUCUAUCCACUAUUCGUAGGUUUAUUAAAGAAGAUCGUGUGCCACAUCUCUUAUUGUAUGGACCACCAGGUACGGGAAAAACCUCGACUAUCUUAGCCUGUGCUCGUCAGAUUUAUUCACAGAAAGAACUUAACUCAAUGGUGUUAGAGUUAAACGCAUCAGAUGAUCGUGGUAUUGGAAUAGUUCGAGGACAGAUUCUCAGUUUUGCUAGUACAAAGACAAUAUUUAAGUCAGGAUUCAAACUGGUUAUCUUAGAUGAAGCAGAUGCCAUGACAAAUGAUGCCCAGAAUGCUCUGAGACGAGUCAUAGAGAAGUUUACAGAAAACACAAGGUUUUGUCUCAUCUGUAAUUAUUUAUCGAAGAUCAUUCCUGCACUCCAAUCUAGAUGUACUCGGUUUCGCUUUGCUCCCUUGAGCCCCAAGCAAAUGCUUCCUCGCCUCGAACACGUUAUACAAUGUGAAGGUGUAACUGUCACAGAAGAUGGGAAGAAGGCGCUAUUAGACUUGGCUCAAGGAGACAUGAGAAAAGUUUUAAACAUCCUACAGACACUUACAGAAAGUAACCAUUAUUUACAAUGGUUUAACAAUGUGUACACAUGCGUUGGUCAUCCCUUGAAGUCGGACAUAGCAGAUAUUGUUGAUUGGCUUUUGAAUCAUGAUUUCAUCAACACGUAUACUCAUGUGAAUGACCUGAAAGUGACGAAAGGUCUCGCUCUUCAUGAUAUUCUUACACAAAUUCAUUUGUAUGUACACAGGAUUGAGUUCCCAGUUCAAGUAAAGUUACAGUUAUUGGAAAAAAUGUCAGAUAUAGAAUAUCGCCUGGCUUCAGGGACGAGUGAAAAGAUACAGCUAAGUUCAUUGAUUGCAGCUUUUCAAGUUGCAAGAGACCUUGUGACACAGGCAACGUGAUAAAAUCCUGAUCAGUGUAAUUGAGAUAAAGACAACAUAGCAUUUACCCUAAACAAAAAAAAGUAUUAAAUAAAGACAUUUACAAUAUAA